AUGUUGCUGCAUUACUUUUUCCUCUUUUUUUCUUUCUGUCUUUUUUUUAGCCUCUUUCGCUACUCCUUUUCUUUAUUCUCCAUUCUUAAUGGCGCUGCUUUCUUUUCCCUUUUUUCUGUCUUUUGUUCAUUCGUUUUUCUUUCUUUCUCUCCAUUCUUAUGCUUCAACUUCCACUUCUAUUUUCCUCUUAUUUUCUCACUCCAUUCUUUUGUUUAUACGCGUCUCUUUCUUUCUUUCUUUUUUUUAAUUUUUUCUUUCUUUUUUCUUUCUUUCUUUCUUUUUUCUUUCUUUCUUUCUUUUUUUUUUUCUUUCUUUCUUUUUUCUUUCUUUCUUUCUUUCACUCGAUUUUCUUUCUUUUUUCGUUCAUUUUUCAUUAUUUUGUUCGUCUUCUUUUUUCUUUUGUUUGUUUCUCUUUCAUUCUUCCUCUCCAUUUUUAAUAACGGUUCUUUCUUUCUAUCUUUCUUUCUUUUCUUUUAUCUUUUUCAUUUCUUUUUUUAUUUCAUUCAUUCUUUUCAUUUAUUCAUUCCGCUUUUCUUUCUUUCUUUCUUUCUUUUCUCAUCUUCAUUCAAAUGGUGCUUCUUUUUUUUUUCUUUCUUUCUCCACAUUAUGUUUCAACUUCCGCUAAUAUUCAUUCAUUCAUUCAUUCUUUCUUUCUUUCUUUCUUUCUUUCUUUUCUCCUAUCUUUGCCUUCCAUUCAAAAUGGUGCUUCUUUUUUUUUUCUUUCUUUCUCCUCAUUAUGUUUCAACUUCCGCUAAUAUUUUUACACGUAUUUCUUCCCACUUCAUUCUUUUUCUUUCUUUCUUUCUUUCUUUCUUUCUUUCUUUCUUUCUUUCUUUCUUUCUUUCUUUUCUCCUAUCUUUGCCUUCCAUUCAAAAUGGUGCUUCUUUUUUUUUCUUUCUUUCUCCACAUUAUGUUUCAACUUCCGCUAAUAUUUUUACUCGUAUUUCUUCCCACGUCAUUCUUUUCUUUCUUUUUGCUUUCUUUCACAUAUUCUUAUGUUUCUACUUUUCUCCUACCCUUUCUCCUCUAUUCUUAAUGACGCUUCUUUCUUUUUUUCUUUUUCUCUUUUUUUAUUUCUUUCUUUCUUUCUUUCUUUCUUUCUUUCUUUCUUUCUUUCUUUCUUUUGUUUGUCCGUCUUUGUUUCUUUCUUUUAUCCGAUACUUAUAUUUCAACUUCCACUUCUUUUUUUCGCUUAUUUCUUUCCUCUACAUUCAUUUCUUUCCUCUCCUUUCUUUCUUUCUUUCGUUCUUUCUUUCUCUCUUUCUUUCCUCUCCUUUCUUUCUUUCUUUCGUUCUUUCUUUCUUUUGUUUUUCCGUCUUUCUUUUAUCCCAUUCUUAUGUUUUAACUUCCGCUUCUUUUUUCCUCUUAUUUCUUUCCUUUCUUCUCCAUUCAUUUCUUUCCUCUCCAUUCAUUUCUUUCUCUUUUUCUUUCUUUCUUUUCUUUCUUUCUUUCUUUCUUUCUUUCUUUCUUUCUUUCUUUCUUUAUUUUCUUUCUUUUCUUUCUUUAUUUCUGUUUUUUGCUCUUUCUUUCUUUUUUUAUUUGUUUAUUUAUUUAUUCUUUCUUUUUUUCUUUCUUUUCUUUCUUUCUUUCUUUCUUUCUUUCUUUCUUUCCUUCCAUUCAUUUCUUUCUUUUUUUUCUUUCUUUUCUUUCUUUCUUUCUUUCUUUCUUUCUUUCUUUCUUUCUUUUUCUUUCUUUCUUUCUUUCUUUCUUUUUUUCCCCAUUCUUAUAUUUCAACUUCCGUUACAUUUUUCCUCUUAUUUCAUUCCAUUCCAUUCUUUCCUUUCUUUUCUUUAUUUAUUUAUUUAUUUAUUUAUUUAUUUUCUUUCUUUUCUUUUCUUUCUUUCUUUCUGUUUUUUUUUCUUUCUUUUUUCUUUUCUUUUCUUUCUUUUCUUUCUUUUCUUUUUUUUUAUUUGUUUAUUACAACAAAAACACAAUAUUUAUUCAUUUUCUUUCUUUUCUUUCUUUCUUUCUGUUUUUCUUUCUUUCUUUCUUUUAUCCCAUUCUUAUAUUUCAAAUUCCGCUUCUUUUCCCCUCUUAUUUCUUUCCUCUCCAUUCAUUUCUUUCUUUCUUUCUUUCUUUUCUUUCUUUCUUUCUUUCUUUCUUUCUUUCUUUUCUCUUUCUUUCUUUUAUCCCACUCUCAUUCUAACGAAAGCGCGGAUCCAGCCCACUGCACUCGACAGUCCACUCGCUAUCUAUAGCUUUCUUACAUUACUUGGCAGUUCUCGCACUGAAGGGUCACGAAGCGGCCACUGCAAACAUGAACUGAGGAAGAUAUAA